AUGGAGGUCGCAGCGGCCGACCAGUCUCGGUGGAUGGCGCACCACCACGCAGUGCUGAACAGCCAGCACCCGGACUCUCACCACCACAGUCUGAGCCACAACUACAUGGAGCCCAUGGCGCCUUUGCUGCCCCAGGACGAGGUGGACAUGUUUCUGAACCACUUGGACUCUCAGGGGAACCCUUACUACACCAACUCCCGGGCCAGGGUCACCUACAGCCAAGCGCACGCUCGUCUCGCUGGGAACCAGGUCUGCCGACCACACCUCAUCCACAGCCCCGGGAUUCCCUGGCUGGACCCCGGCAAAGCGGCCCUGUCCGCUGCGCACCACCACAACGCAUGGGCGGUCAGUCACUUCAGCAAACCCGGCCUGCACCCCUCCGGCUCCGGCUACCCCUGCAGCAGCAACACCGGCUCGGCCCCCGUGUCGUCGCUCACCCCGGGGUCCCACUCCAGCUCGCACCUCUACAGUUUCCCCCCGACCCCUCCGAAAGACGUGUCGCCGGACCCCGGGCCCACCUCCCCGACCUCCACCUCCACCAGGAUGGACGAGAAGGAUUCGAUCAAGUCCUACCAGGGGCCGCUGACGGACAGCAUGAAAAUGGAGAGCUGCAGCCCGCUGCGCAGCGGCCUGGCCUCGAUGAACGGCCAGGCCACGCACCACCCCAUCCCGACCUACCCGGCCUACUCCCUGCCGAACCACCACGAGUACGGCGGCAGCCUCUUCCACCCCGGCAGCCUGCUCGGAGGGUCCAGCUUCACGCCCAAGUGCAAAAGCAAAGCCAGGUCGACCUCAGAGGGACGUGAAUGUGUGAACUGCGGGGCCACCUCGACCCCUCUUUGGCGACGGGACGGAACCGGCCACUACCUGUGCAACGCCUGCGGACUGUACCACAAGAUGAACGGCCAGAACCGACCGCUCAUCAAGCCCAAACGCAGACUGUCCGCUGCGAGACGUGCAGGCACCUGCUGCGCAAACUGCCAGACCACCACCACCACCCUGUGGAGGCGCAACGGGAACGGAGACCCGGUGUGUAACGCCUGCGGCCUUUACUUUAAACUGCACAAUGUUAACAGACCCCUGACCAUGAAGAAGGAAGGCAUCCAGACACGCAACCGCAAGAUGUCCAGCAAGUCCAAGAGGAACAAGCGAACAGGGGACGGCUUUGACGAGCUGUCCAAGUGCAUGCACGACAAGGCCUCUCCCUUCGGGGGGGCACCCGGCCUCGGCGGCCACAUGACCCACAUGGGUCACCUGCCCCCCUUCAGCCACUCGGGACACAUGCUGCCCACUCCCACGCCCAUUCAUCCUUCAUUCGGUCACCCCCACCACCACUCCAAUCGCUCGCCAGUCUGGGCCGAGCCUCACUGA